UUACUAUAUUGUAUUGUAAGUCGCCUUUAUGCUUAGUAAUGUUGCUUGUCACCGCUCAGGUGCGACCCGGCGCAAUGAAAUCGAAAACAAUAAGCCUAAGCCCAAACUGUAGGCUUUAUUUCUCUCUUCGUGAACGACCUACACAAUUUCUGUACGCUGUCAAUCAAGAUCCAUUAGGUAGUGAGCAUACGAAUGAAGUACGAGACCUAGGUGAACGCAGCUAAUCCAUUCGAUAUGGCAGAUUAGUGUCCACCGUGCUACCAAUUCACAUCCGUGUCAGGCAAACUUGUUCUUGCACACAGUUGUGCCUCGAUUGCGAGUAUAAAUGGAGCAGACUGUCUAUGGACCAGCAUCAGUCAACGCACUCCAGUCUCUGAGAACGUUCGUCGUACACACACAAACCCAAACAAUCAUCAUGAAAUUCCUCAUUUGCUUGGCUCUCUUCGUCGCCGUGGCCCAGGCCCAUGUUGUGGCACCAGUUGCCACCUACGCCGCUGCACCUGCCCUCACGUAUGCUGCCGCACCUACGGUCUACUCGGCUGCCAUUCCACGUGCCUACACCGCAUACGCUGCCGCUCCUUCCGUCUACUCCGCCUCGUAUGUGGCGCCAUCGGUUUACUCAUCCUAUGCUGCUCCAGUUGCCACCUAUGCCGCUCCCGCUCUUGUCUCUACCCUGCUAAAGAAGUAAAUCAAUCAAAAAAGCCACUGCUACAUCACAUGCAAAUUUAGUUAAGUGAGAAUAUCAAAAUAAAUUGAGCUGAAACGAAGAUUGACAAAAG